AUGUCUGAACUGCCGUCCAAACGGCAGAAGCUCGAACACCGUUGGAUUUUGACGCAGGUCAGUGACUUGAGUGUGCCUGACGAUGUCAAGAAUGCCGCUGCAAAUGCCUACCAAGAGCUUGACGCGGAAGAUGUAAGAGGUGCUUCUUUUGAGGACCUAGCUGCCCUUUUGCAAACAGAGGAUGCGAAGGCCCGCGCUGCUGUCAUUUUGCGUUUGCGGAACAGGCUCCGCCCCACAAGUCAAACAGCAGAACCGGCUGGUUCAGCGACGGCGUUGCCGACACCCUCUUCCGAACGCAAGUUCGAUAUUCCCACGGUCGCGGAUGAAGACUUCAAGGAAGGCAAGCUGUUGAACGUUUCAGGCUUCACCCCUUUGCUGGCGAAGAACACGGAGGCAGACAAACCGAUAUUCCUUCGGGAGCACCUUCUUCAAGUGCACGAUGUAUCAGUGGCUACGUUGAAAGACAAUGGGGACAAAAUGUUGGUUUCGCUUGUCGGUUGUCCUGGAACAGGCAAGACGUGGUGCGGAUGGCUGGUGGCGAACACCCUCCAGUGCAAGCACAAUGUGCAAACACUGCACCUGACCAUCAGAGGCACUGAUGUCAUUGCCAUUUGGGCAGACGACGGGCAAUACCGGAAGAGGACCUACAAGAAGGUUGAUGUUUCGACGUCCAUGUUGUUGGAACAGGUCCUCGCUGACAGCAAGUGCAAAGUCUGCAUCAUUGACGUGGGCGACCUCUUCUCCCACGAAGUUAAGACGAUUUUCCGCGGAGCGCAUCGCAUCCUCGAGGACGACUCCAACGUCAUCAAGUUCAUGGGCUUGGUUUCUGGGCAUGGCGAGGAGGACAUCGUUGGCAAUCAGUUCAAUAUCCAACAGAAAGCUCACACUCUAGUUCUCUGGAGUUGGUCCGAGAAGGAGUUUGAAGCCUUCCACGACAAGUUCAACUCCUCCAAAGAGAAUAAGACGGGGCAUGAGCUGGACAAGAAUAUAUACAGAAUUUGUGGUGGUUCUGUUCGCGGCUGCUUUCAGCCGGAUGGUGCCCAGGCAGAGAUUUUCAGAACUGUUAAAAUGUUGAGUCAAGAUGAGAAGGACAACUUUCUCAUUGUCAACACCCGUCCUACCAGUAGUGCUGAACACAAGCAGCGCUCUCACUUACUUGCCUUCUUCCCAGCGAAAGAGGACUCCGAUUUCAAACAUGGCGUGGCUCAUGCGAAUCAAGUCCCAAGGUCCGACUACGUCAUUCAAUGCAUCAGAGCAGACACCCAAAGCAGUCCCAAGCGUGUGAAGGAGAUGUAUGCCAUGCUGUCCGAUUACAAUCCCGGUGCUGCGGGAACUGCUUUUGAGAUGCUGGUUCACUUCUUUUGGAAGCAUGUCGUUGAGACCGAGCUCGACGUGAAACUUACGCUGGAUUGGAGGCACGAUGACAAGCCAACACAGAGCAUCGAAGUCAAGGGUGGCGAGUUGCAAGGCUACAAUUCGCAAGCAAUCGAAGAAUACGAUAACGAAAAGAAGAUUGCGGCCGGUGGCUUGACAGGGUAUUUUACUCCGAAGGACUUCAAGUAUCCGGUGUUGGACAGUCUCCUCCGAUACAAGCAUGGUGACGCAGUCAUGGUUCUCGCAAUCCAGAUCAGUAUCGCCAAGACGCAUCAACAUGGAGAGCUAGUUCAAAACACGUUGCUGAAAGAGGAAGCCGAGGGGGAACCCAAGCCAAAGCUGGCGCUCUGGGAUUUCAAAGCAAAGGGCAAACAGUGCAAAUGGACACCGACCACCUCGGACCAUUGGGAUUUGAUGUAUGUGGAAAGCGAGGCGUUUACACAAUGGUUUGACCAAAUCUGA